AUGGACAAUGAUCCUCAAGAUAAGAACAAUAACAACAACAACAACUUAUCAUUGUUGGUAGAACAUCAAUGUACAUUUGUAUUGGCAAGAACAGAUAUAGAAAAAUCACAUUUUCGAGUUAUUCAACAAGCUUUAAACAAAUUAAAUAUACGAGUAACAGCAGUUCGUCAAAGUAAUGUGCUCUAUAUUUGUCAUGAUGAACAUUGGCGAAAAGAAUCAAAUAAUUACAUGGAACAAAUAGGUGUUUUUGUCUUACUUAAAGAAUUUAUAGAUACAUUGAAUAAUGAUUAUGAAAAUGUUUUUAAAACUAUGAGUGAUAAAAUAGUUUCAACAUUACAUCAUUUAUUCCUUCGCAAAGCAAUCACCACUGAACAAUAUGAACAAAUGAUGUAUUUCAAUCAAGUACCAACACAUCGAUUCAAUAAACUGUAUUUUAUUCCAGAAGUGUGCCAUAAAGAAAUCAUUUUACAACCAAUGUUAACAUCGUUUGUACAAGAACCUAUGAAAGCUAUUGCACGUUUUCUCAAUAUUCUUCUUGGACCAAUAUAUAAACGAAUAACUCGUUCUAUUUCAUUUACUAGUCCAACAGAUGCAAUUCAAGCAUUUGAAAAAUAUGCUCAACAAGGUUUUCUUCGAUCAACUACUCUAUUCGUUACAAUUCAAAUUCAUGAUUUUUCUACAAUAUUUUCUCAUGAUUUCAUGAUUGAGGCAUUAAAACAUUUCCUUCAAAAUCACGUACCAAACGAGCAAAUUCAAGGUAUAUCCACAACGACGAUUGUUCAAUUAGUUCAACUUAUUCUUCGAAAUCAGUAUUUUCUCUAUGAAAAUAAAUUAUAUCAACAAAUUGCUGGUGCUCCGUCCAACACUCAAUUGACACAAACAUUGGCAAAUAUUUAUCUAUUUUAUUUACAACAGGAUUUUGUUUCACUAUUAAAUAAUAAGAAAGAAAUUUUUGGUCGAUGUCUCAAUCAUAUGAUUUUUACAUGGAAUGAAUCCAAAGAUGAACUUCAAAUGUUACUUAAUCAAAAUAUUAUGGACCAUUUUAAAACUUCACAUAUUCGUAUAACAACUGAUAUUGGUCAUGAAAUUCAUUAUUUUGAUGCGAAAAUUGCUCAUGAUGAAGGUAUUCUUCAAACAAAUGUAUAUCAUAAACCAAAUAUUGAACCAUAUGCAUUACCGUAUGUUUACGAUACAACACAACGACAAGAUCAUUUAUUUCUAUUACGAGCUGCUCUUAUACGUGCUACACUUUAUUGUUCAAAUCUAGAUGAAUUUGAAAAUGAACGAUUUUACAUCGAAUUAUCUUUUCUUAUUAAUGACGUAUCAUUGGAUUUUAUUCAAGAAACAAGUCGAAAUUUUUUCAAUGAGUUCUAUGCAUAUGGCAUUAAUAUGCAUCUCGAUGAAGCAAUUUAUCGUGUUUUCCGUCAAAACGUUCACGAAUAUCAUCGAAAACGAACUAAAACUCAUACACGACAGAAAAAAACAACGGCAAAAACGACGACAAUUACAAAUUGUACCAACGAAUUAAAAUAA